UAAAGUUUUCCUUUUUAGAUUCAAGUUUCUCAUAAACAGUUUCUUCUUUCCUCACUUAUCUCCUACAAAAACUCUUACAAAUCCAUCAUUUCAUGCACCCAACUUCUCGCAACUCAAAGCAUUCCAGCAUUCAUGCAGGUCGAAAGAAGGGUCACACCCAAAAGAUAUAAUAUAGACAAUCUACGUUAAAGCAAGCAUAAGUAACUGCAAAAAGGUAAGUUUUUUCUUUUUUCAUAUACAUUUAUGGAACCCUAGAACCUUAGAUAAACUAGCUACAUCACACUCUCUUCAUCAUUCCAAGACUCUCCUCGUUUUCGCCAAUAAUUUGCUUAUCAAUGGCAUACUACUCAUAAGUAAAUUCCUGUUGUGUCUAAAUUCCCUACAAUCUUGUGGAAAAUAACCUCUUUCUACCUCUCACAAGGUAGGAGUAAGAUCUGCGUACACCCCACCUUCCUCGGACCCCACUUGUAAAAUUUCACUAGGUAUGUUGUUAUUAUUAAGACUUAUGUAAAUAAGAAGAUCAAAGCGUCACGCCAACCGAAAGAGUUAAGCUACUAAGCUAAGGUGCUAGGCUUCACAGUAGUACCUCCCCUUUUAUCUUUCUGAAAAAGACUUAAGUAGUUAAGUUUUCAAAGGUGAACAUCCCCUGUCCUGUAUAGUCGUAAAGGGCUUCUCAGAAAAGUCAAGAAGAAGGCAUUUGAAAGGCCGACCACUAUCUCAUAGGCAUUCUGGUGAUAAAACCAGUCCAAUUCUUUCUUUUAAAAUGGACUUUUCUAUCAACCCGGAAUACAACUCACUCAUCAAUGAGCUAACUCAAGGCAUGGAACACACUAAGCAACUUAGAGCUUACUUGAGAACUGUACCUUCCACUUCUGAAACAACUCAAGAGGUUCUUUUGCAGAAGAUUAUUUAUUCUUAUGAGCAAUCUCUGUUAAUUCUCAAAUGGAGUGGCUCAACACCCAAAUCCUCACUGCCUCUACCACCAACAAUUGGUGCAAUUGAAUCUCCAUCUUUUGCCAAUGGAAGUCCUAAGAGUGAUGACAUGAAAAGGAGUUUCAUACAUCAUCCGGAGCUCAUAGAUAAUUCAAAGAGGAGCAAAAAAUCACAGCCCAUAUGGAGUGAAGAAGUCAGAGUCAGCGCAGAGAGUGGAUCUGAAGGUCCUAUUGAUGAUGGAUAUAGCUGGAGAAAGUAUGGACAAAAAGAUACUUUUGGAGCUAAAUAUCCAAGAAGUUACUACCGAUGUGCACAUCGUUACAUGCAAAACUGUGAAGCAACAAAAUAUAUACAAAGGUCAGAUGAUGAUCCUUAUGUAUUUAAGAUCACAUGCAAAGGCUACCAUACUUGUAAACAAGCUACUACUUCUGUACUACAACCAACAUUCUCUUUAACAAACAGAAAUCAACAUUUCCAGAAUUCUCAUUCUGAUGACAAACUAAUAGGUGACUCUUUUGUCUCUCCUACAACCCAUGAAUCAAACUACUUCUCAGUCUCAAGCAACAGCCAAAUGAAUGGUUUUGGAAUAGUUCACAACUUGCAACAUUCAGAAUCAUACCUUAGUGAUACUGGAAUAUUUCUCAACUUGCACCAUUCAGACUCAGACCGUACUGAUAUAUUCUCCGCCAAUACUUCCACAACAAGUUCUUCAGUUGGGGCUGAGUUCACCGGAUUGCUUGGAGCUAGAUUUGAUUUUUCCAUUUGGACCAAAACGACUAACACUCUCCAAAAGGACGAAUAGUUUAGAUGUUAUCACCGAGUUACUCUAUUGAGGUUGAUGAAGUUACUCUAUUAGUAUAAACAUGAUUGUAAAAUUUAGCAAUAGAACUAGCUAUGGUUAAUUUAUUAUCGCGCAGCUGUUACUGCUUGCUGUUA